AUGACAGCAACACCAAAGUAUCUCACCGGCGACGCUGCCGGUAUCAAAGACUUCAUUGACAAGUUUGACACAUUCUUGUUCGACUGUGAUGGCGUACUCUGGAACGGAGACCACGUAUAUGAGGGCGUUCCCGACACAAUCGCCCUCCUCAAAUCAAAAGGCAAAAAAGUCGUCUUCGUGACAAACAACUCCACAAAGUCACGGCAAGACUACGUCAAAAAGCUCGAAAAGCUCGGCAUCCCCAGCGACACCGAAGACGUCUUCGGCUCCUCCUACUCAGCCGCCAUCUACAUCAACCGCAUCCUCAAGCUGCCCCCCGGCAAGAACAAGGUCUUUGUCAUCGGCGAAGCCGGCAUCGAGACGGAGCUGGCCUCCGAGGGGAUCCCCUUCAUCGGCGGCACGGACCCCGGCUUCAGGAGGGAAAUCACGCCAGCCGACUUUGAGGGCAUCGCAAACGGCUCGCUGCUGGACCCGGAAGUCGGCGUCGUGCUGUGCGGCCUCGACUUUCACGUCAACUACUUGAAGCUUGCGCACGGCUUCCACUACGUCCGGCGAGGAGCCAUCUUCCUGGCGACCAAUGCGGACUCCACGCUGCCCAUGCACCAUACCUUCUUCCUCGGCGCAGGCUCCGUUAUGAUACCCCUCGCAAACGCCCUCGGCCAGCAGCCUACCGUCCUCGGCAAGCCAAGCCAGGCCAUGAUGGACGCUGUCGAGGGAAAGUUUCAGCUCGACCGCGCAAGGACGUGCAUGGUCGGCGACAGGCUCAAUACUGACAUCAAGUUCGGUGUCGAGGGCAACCUGGGCGGCACGCUGCAUGUCUUGACGGGCGUCAACCAAAAGGCCGACUGGGACCGCGAGGACGCCAUCGCGGUGCCGGCGUACUAUGCGGAUAAGCUGAGUGAUCUCCUUCAAGGUGCAUAG